UUAAUUAAUGAAGUAACCCUAAAGCCACGCCCACUUGUCGGGUCUCAGUAAAGAUGGCGCUGCCACAAAAAACGAUUGAUGUCCACUGGAUUCCGUUUAAAACCGACUGUGAGGAGUUGCUGGGACGCUUCCAACAGACAGAGUCGGUUCGGUUUAACGAGUUCGCGGUCAUAUGGAGAGCCAUGGACUUCUCCAGUGUGUUUCAUGGAAUGACUACAAACCACGAGAAAAGACCCUUCGGUCGGCUGGUCUUUACCACAGUGUACGAAUACUUCUUGCCCCCCUACAGCUUUCAGAUCCGAGUGGGGGCGCUCUACAUGUUCUACGGCCUUUACUUUGCACAGCCUACCUGGCCGAGGGAAAAGAUCUGGAUUGCACUGAAGGACUGGAUGUGUAUACAGACGUUUAUCUUGGAUGCAGUCAGCUGUCAACACCUGGAUGUUGUAUAUGUCUACAGGAAGCUUGUUUCUGAAAAGGCUUUUUUUCAUACUGCCAUGCCCAGUCAGCUUACAUUUGAUGCCAAGCGCCGUUUUAAAAACAAGAAAGUGAAUGAGAUGUUCCAUGACUGGCCAGCCAGAGUGACAGAGCUGGUCAAUAAGGGUACACUGGAGGAAAUUUCAAAUGUGCAGGCUCAUUACGAGCGGAUUAAGCAGGCUCUUGAUGUGUCCGCUUUGAUCAGUGUGACACCAGUCAACCUGACUGCACAACUUCAGAAAUGUACACUUGAGUUUCAACAGUGGCAGGAAAAUAUCAAAAAACAAAAUAAAAACUCUGACACAGAAGCAAAGAAAAGCACUGAGUCACUAGAGUGCUCCACAAGGGCAGAUAUACUGGCUACGAUAAAGUCAAAGUCUUAUGGGCAUCUAGCAACGGCUUCUAAAUCACGACGACACAGACAGGUGGAGAUGGACAACUCAGGAUCUGGGACAGACCAUGCACAAGAGUUUUCGUGUCAGGACAAAAUGAAGCAGCUCUCUCUGAGAGCAAGGACCUGGCGAAACCUCGGCAAAAAAGGAUCAGAAGAAGAAAUAUACCAGUAUUGGGUACUAAGCACAGCAGAGGAAGACAAAGGAGCGUUGAAGAAAUCCCAAAGGAAGAAAAGAUUUAGGUGGUAAAAUAAAAGGAGUGGAUUUUUUACGGUCUCUAAGGUGGUUUAAUUUCCUUUUUUUAGUUUGUGUUAUCCAAUGUAAUUCAGGAAUAGAAACAAUGUUAAUCUUUUGAUUUUCUGACUCGCCUAAUAAGAUUGUUUGAAUUGAAUGUAUUUGCAUUAUCUAAUUUUUUUUCUGUCUUAUAGUUGUUUACUAAAGAGAA